AUGAAUCGAAGUGGCUACAGUGAGUACGAAGAUGUACGAAUGUUGAAAUGGGUUGCAAGGUAAGGGCUCGGCGAGCAAUUUCGGGCCGCUUUCGAGCUGCGAAUUACAGAAAGAACGAUUCGGAGGCGCCACUGGGAAUUACACUAUGGCGCAGUUACGCAGAGCAUUACGGCAGUGAUCACAGUCCGCAGUCACUGAACGGAAGGUACUUUCCGCUUGGAAAUCCCCGAAAACCCCGAGCUUUCCGGAUGAAAACAACGAAAGUUUGAAAAAUAUCGAUUUUUGCAGAAUGCGUCGUCAAGUUAUUCCGAAUAUCCUCAAUUAUGUUCAAUUUUUGAAAUUUUCGGAUCUUCGCGAACUUUAUAUCUUAUUUGGAGAACGAAUUGGCGCAGAGAAGAAGAAAAGGUUCGUCUGAAAUGCUGAAAAUGCAAAAAGUCGAUAAUUUUUGAAAAACUCGGAAAUUGGAUUGAACUAAUACGUGGGUGAAUGUUUCGAUAGACAGAACGCACUGAGCCAGUAGAAAACGAUAAUUUUUCUGAAAUUCUUAUGAUUUCUCAUUAAAAUUUCAGAAGUAUUGAAAUUUUAAGAAUGUUGACAGUUUUUGAAAUAAUCCAUUCGAAAAAGUGUUUCCUUCAUCUUAUUCUGUUCAUUUCUCUCAAAAAUCACUCAUUUUACUAAACAUUAUUGGGCAUUUUCCAGCGCUGGACAAAUGACCGGCUCAGGCUUUACGGAAAUGUGAUCUUUUGAACCACUUGCAAUUUUCCAAUCGGAUCCAAGCUUUGCAGACAUCUUAUAUUUGGAUUAAAGUAUUUUUUAGCCAAGUUGCAGACCUAUCGGAUUAUUUACUCCGAAUGGUAAAGCUUGGGCCCGAUAGGAAUAUUGCAAGUUAACCAAAAGUUCGGGUCAUUUGCCAAGUCCUGGCACUUUCUGACAUUCCGAGUUCCGCCAUAAUCUAAUUUGUACCCUUUUUCAGUCUACGUGCAUAUAUACUCAAAAUGAAGGAGACGCGAAAGGAGCCCGAAUCGGAGCCAUCUUCCGUCGUGGAACCCUCUCGUUCGGACCGUCGUGACAGUUCGAGAGUAUCAAUGUUCCGGGGCGAAGAACCGCCAGAUGACAUGGACGAAGAGGUGCCCCCUUUAAGUACGUACAGCCAUAAACCGAUCGGAGAAAGCCGCGAAGGAAGCGAUGGACCGAGCACGUCGACGACGAAAAGGAAGACGUUCGUGCGACCGAAGGAGUACGACGAUCUUCUGUGUGCAAUGAGCUCGCCGAAGGUCAUCGGAGAGGUCUCCUCGACUGCUUGUCUGCCGUCGGACGAGGACGAUGAGGAGGAGAUGGAAAUAGAGAGGAUUCAGAUGAAGAAGAAGCAGAAGCAGCAGAUUCCGAGAGAAGAGGAAGAGGAGGAGGAGGAAAUGAUGGAGAUCACGAUGCAAAAUGUGAUCGGAGUCGUCUCCUCGACGCACAAUGAGCCGACACCUUCCGGAAGACAAACCAACUCCUCUCUGCAAAGCCCCGACACGUACAUCUCUACGAAGAAGACGUCCGUAGCAUCGGAAGGCGAUUUUGGCAUGUUCCUGUCGCCGAAAGGGCAGAAGAAGAAGGUGUUUGAGGAGGAGGAGGAAGAGGAGACCAAUGAAAUGCAUGCGAUGACGUCUUCUAGAAAGCACCAGAAAUCGGAGACUGGCUCACCGAAGAAGAGCUACUCGAGAAUCCACCCGAAAGACAACGAGGAGGACGAUACUUACUCCGAGAAACCGAUCGCGAUCAAAAAAACGGUUCUGGAAGAAGAAGUGCCGGACGACGACGAUUACGUUUCUCGGCAGACGUCACCGAAGAAAGUGAAGGUUCCGGUUCCGGAAGAAGAAGAAGUGCCGGACGACGAUUACUACAUUUCCCCGAUGGCAUCUCCUCCGGCCAAGAAGACGUCGGCGAAAAAGGCGAAUAUUCCAAUUCGAGAGGAAGAAGUGCCUGAUGACGAUGAUGACUACGUCUCUCCGGCAAUGUCACCGAUCAAAAAGACGCCUUCAAAGAAGCCGAAAGCCCCGCCGCCAGUGGAGGAAGAGGAAGAAGAAGUUCCGGACGACGACGACUAUGUUUCGCCGUCUCCACCGACGAAACUGCAUCAGAAGGCAGCAAGUUCGGAAGAUGAUGAUGACGAUUACGUAACUCCGGAACCGGUUUCGGUCAAAAAGAGCUCGCCAAUGAAGCAGAAUAUACCGGCGAUACCGGCUCCACUUCCAGCUCCAGAAAACCUUGACGAAGAGGUUCCGGAUGACGAUGACUACGUCUCGCCGGUCGAGAGUCCAGUACACAAUAAGAAGAAAGCGUCGAUAUCGUAUUUCGGAGUUGAAGACGAUGACGACGACGAAGUGUACGUGAAGCAGCCAAAGAUGAGGGUGCAGCAACGGUCCGAGUUCUCGGAUGACGACUACUCGCCACCCGGAACGCCGACGUCUUAUUCGCUCUCGAAACCUUUGAAGUAUACCGCUGGUCGGUCAACCGAAGUGACGACGACGUCUUCAAAGUAUAAGAAGACGUCUGAGACGGAGGAGGUGAAGAAGAAGGUGUCUCCGAAGAAGUCUCCGCAGAAAACGCCACUCAAAGAGGACGAUUCUUCGGAUGAGGAGGAGUCGGAAAUGGACAAAACGCUUCGAAUGUUCGGAGAGGAGCCGUUGUCGAAGAAGAGAAAGAAGAAUAAGAAGAAGAAGUCGCUGACGCCACGUGCUCCGGUCGAAGACGAGGACGACGAUCUGGCGGCACGAAUACUGGCGACUGUGCAGGAGAGGGAGAAGGAGAAGGCGGAGGAGAGCGGAGAGAUUGAGCAGGAAGAGGAGCCGGAAGAGGAAGAAGACGAGGAUCGCCAGCAAAGGGCCGAAGGAGGCACUGACGAUGAUUAUCUGCUGGCUUCUGGACCUCUGAUACGAGUAGAGGAAGAAAGAAAAGAUGAAGAAGAAGUAGUAGAAGCCGUCGACGACUACAAUGGAUCCAGAUCGCCAUCGCCGAGACAUCAUCAUGAAUCGAUAUCCGAAGUUCCACCGAAGGACGACCGCCCGAACUACCACUGGAUGGUCGACAAGCGAGGACACCGUAGAUGGAUGCGAAAGCCAAAGUGGAUGAUACGAAAAGACGCCGGCGACGAGGCGGGAGCUCAGGAAGAACUGAAGAAGUUCAAAAAUAUACAGAGAUCAGUGUCGCAGACGAAAAAAGUAAAGAGGAAGUGGUACACAUUCGGACGGAAAAAGGUGAAGCCGGGCCGCGGCAAAUCGAAGUUGGUGAGUGAGGAUACGGAAGAAGAAGAGGAAGAUGACGACGACGAGGACGCCGACGUUCCGGACGACUCGGACGAGGAGCCGCAGUCGGAAGAGGAGGAACACGAAGAGCCGGAUCGACAGGAGUCGGAGGAAGAGCCGGAAGACGAAGAAGACGAGGAGGAUCUGAAGGUGCGUAGAAAGUGGUCGGGAUCCAAGAAGCGCGGAAAAAAGAAGAGGAAGGAGAGACGAGAGCGAGGCGAACAUGAGGACGACGAGGAAGUCGAGUACUUUGGCGAUUCGAUGGGAAGACGUCGUCCCAAAGUGACCAAACGCCACAGAAAACAGUACACGAAGAAGAGUCGCGUCGAAGAGCCCGUCGCCGUCCGGUUGCCGUCUCCGCCGCAACCCUCCACAUCUACGGCCAUCGUCUAUUCGCCCCCAGUACAACCUCCACCGCCGAAAAAGCAACGAACGGAGUCGACGUCGCCAGUCGUCUUGCCGCAAGCGAUUCCACUGGUGCAAAAACGAGGAAGAGGGCGUCCGCCGAAAAAAAAAUGUCCGGACACUUUUCUCGAGUUGCAAGCCGGCACUUCCAUCGGAAUCCCGCCCAUCGAACUGAGGACUUCGAUGGCAUCCACGGCCACGAACGGUGACAAUCACGACGAUGAUCGGUGGGUAGCACAUUCGAACGGCAUUUUCAAAAAUUAUAUUCUACAGAGUAUUCGACUUUCAAUCGUGGAAUGUGGACAUGAGGCCAGUGGCCGAGCAGGCCGUCAAAUCUAUGUACGAAUCGAUGCAUCGCCAUCUGGAAAUGCGAUCCUCGAGCCAGGUAAAAAGUCUGAUCCUUCGUUCCCCUUCAUAGUGUUCGGUUUCAGGAAGAGCUGAGCGACGUGGUGGCGACGGACAACAUCCAGCAGCUGCUCGACAAGAUGUUCAAGGAGGACGAGCAGCAGGGCCACGAGGAGUUUGUCAUUGUCGGCGUCGAAACGUUCCAGAACCGAAAGCUGCGGCUCAAGUACUUUGUGAAGAUCCAGGAGGAGACGGCGAAACACACGCGAAUCCCGCACGUGCGCUCCGCCGUUCUCACCUUCUUCCAGUACUUUGAGUACACGGUCGCGGCGACGGUCACCGGAAAGAAUGUGAGUGCGUCGGGAUCGCCGGCGGCUCCACCUCCGCGCAGCAGCAAGGACAAAUUGCAGUUCGAGACGUACACGGUCCUGAUGGAUCAGCUCAUCGACGUGGCGCUCACGAUCGCCACUUUUUAA